GUAAUAAUAAUUUGUAAUUUAGUGUGAUAUGAAUUUACAAAGUUAUCUGAAUAGUUCUUUAUUUUUACAAAAUUGGCAAUUACUAUUAUUUACGUUUUUGGUGAUAUUCAUUAUUAGUUUUUUGAUACAUAAGAAGCACAAUAAUACCAGAACAACUAAACUAGAUGGACAGGAAUAUAUUGGAGUGAAUUUUACAAAAAAUAAUAGUGAUACCGAGUAUAGUGAAUAUGUACCAGCUUUGGAAGAAAAAGAACAUGUUCCUUAUAAUGGUGCAGUAAUAACUCUUCCGGGUAAAGCAGAACAAUUCUAUAAAAUGAUGAAUAAUAGACGUAGUGUACGCAUUUUUAGUCAAACUAAAGUUCCGAUUGAAGUUAUUGAAGACUGUAUUAGAGCAGCUGGUACAUCACCCAGUGGUGCACACACGGAACCAUGGACAUUUUGCGUUGUUGGCUGCGCGAAAUUAAAACAAAGCAUACGUGAAAUAAUAGAAAAAGAAGAAGAAUUAAACUAUGAACAACGUAUGCAUCGUCAAUGGAUUACAGAUCUAAAACCUUUGCGAACAAACCAUAUCAAGAAAUAUUUAACGGAUGCGCCAUAUUUAAUUCUUGUUUUUAAACAAAUGUAUAGUUUUCUUCCAGAUGGGCGUAAAAAACAACACUAUUAUAACGAAAUUUCUGUAUCUAUAGCCACUGGGAUAUUACUCUCUGCUCUUCAAGCAGCUGGCCUAAAUUCUCUCGUAACUACACCUCUUAAUUGUGGUCCAGCUUUACGUAACCUCUUAAAGAGACCAUCAUAUGAGAAGCUGUUAGUGUUGUUACCGGUGGGGUAUGCGGCAAAAGAAUGUGUUGUUCCUGAUUUGAAACGAAAACCUUUAAAUAAAAUAAUGGUUACUUAUUGAAUUUAUUUUGCAAAUGUUGA